CUCUCUCUCGCUUCCAUCUUGCUCCCCGCAUGUGUCUGCUGUUAGUCUACAGGUCAGUGAGGAGCUUUAAAUACCUUUCUUCCCUGCACUGUUUCCCCCCCACACCCUCUGAUCUGACUACAAGAGAUGAAAGAAGCAAUUAUGAAUCAAGAAAAACUAGCUAAACUACAGGCACAAGUCCGCAUCGGCGGAAAGGGUAGCGCUCGCAGAAAGAAGAAGGUUGUGCACAGAACAGCGACCGCAGAUGACAAGAAGCUCCAGUUCUCCUUAAAGAAACUUGGCGUCAACAAUAUCUCCGGUAUUGAAGAGGUCAACAUGUUUACAAAUCAAGGAACAGUCAUCCACUUCAACAAUCCCAAAGUGCAGGCCUCCCUCGCUGCCAACACCUUCACCAUCACUGGCCACGCCGAGACCAAGCAGCUGACCGAGAUGUUGCCGGGCAUCCUCAACCAGCUGGGAGCCGACAGCCUGACGAGCCUCAGGAGACUCGCUGAAGCACUGCCCAAACAGGCUGUAGAUGGAAAAGCGCCAAUUGCAACAGUAGAAGAAGAGGAUGAUGAUGUUCCAGAUCUGGUGGAGAAUUUCGAUGAAGCAUCCAAGGACGAGGCUAACUAGAAGAAAAGUGGACUCUCUGGAGUGACGAAACUUGACAGGACCAUGUGGGGGCACAAGAUGUUUUUUCUGUCUAUUUCAAGAGGUGGAAAGUUAAUUGUUAAAGUACCUGAGAACAUGGAAAAUUUGUCAACGUCUGGCUGUGAGCAAUUCUAUAAUACAUGCAAGACCCAAGACAAAGUACUUGCCUACUUAAAUGAAUUAAUUUUGAGUAUUUUGUCUAGAAUAGUUACUCGGAGGUAUUAAAAAUUGGGGUAGCAGUAUUUUUGAGUAAGGUAUUUUAGAACUCAUUCCACCUCUUCUUUGCCACCAGACUUUUUAAAAUGCUUGUUGUGCUCUGUAUGUCCAGUUACAGUGAGACGUUGUGUGUAAAAUGUGGUGUUAAAGGCUCCUGAUGUUUCCUCCACGUUACUGAACCUUAAUUCUUUGUGGCCUCGCUCAAACCAUAUCUGGAAUAAACCUUUGCUACUGUCAAUAAACAGGAAGAAUCUCUGUA